AUGUACGCCGCCAGACCAAUUGCCCGCUCUUCCAUCCCCAGAACUCUUCGCUCAGCGAGAGUUCCCCGCAACACCCAAGCUCGUUUCCAGUCCUCGUCCUCUUCAAGCAGCUCAUCCACCGGCACAAACUCUCAUGUCGUUACUGGUCUUGCCAGCGGUACUGCUGUUGCCGUUGUCGGUUACACCAUCUACGCCCUGAGCCCUGCUGGCCGCAUGUCCAGAAAGAUCAACGGUACCGCCAAGGAUGCCUACGUUUACUACAACGAUGUCACUUCAAAGAUUCAAGCAAACACUCCUGAUGCUGAUGAUGCCAUCAACUACGUCAAGGAGUUCGCCUACUCUUACGUUGCCUGGAUCCCCGGUGGCCGCAAGUACGUUGACACUGCCUUCAAGGAUCUUGACACCCUUCGUCAGAACCACAAGGACGAUGUCGACAAGAUCAUCAGAGAAACAUACAGCGAGUUCCAAGAGGUUUCCAAGAACGGUUUUAGCCGCGACAGCUUGACCAAGGCCAUGGAGGCCCUCAGCAACCUGUCCCAGAAGAUUGGUGCUCUCGCCGCCGACGCUGCCCAAGACCUUAUGGACAACCACCCUCAGCUCAAGGAGCAAGUUGGCCCCAGAAUCGAGCAGCUCAAGUCCAUGGGUGACCAAUACGGCCCCGAGGUCAAGCAAGAGGUUGACAGAACCUGGGAUCAGGUUAAGGAGGUCAUGGCUGGUGGCCUCAGCGUUGCCAACAUCAACAAGGCCCGCCAGAUCGUCGAGGAGAAGUACGAGAAGGUCAAGCAGCUCGGUGACCAGGCCUGGCAGAAGGGUCUUGACCAGGCCAAGCCUUACUUCGACAAGAACCCCAAGAUCAAGGAGCUCAUUGAGAACAACGCCGACGCUCUCAAGCAAGGCAACGCCAAGGAGCUAUUCGAGAAGGUCAAGAGCGGUGUCGAGUCCGGCAGCACUGGUGACCUCGAGGGGUACGUCAACAAGGCCGUUGAGAAGGCCAAGUCCAAGGGCUCUGAGGUCAGCUCCCAAUGGGGCUUCGGUGGAUUGGACCAAUACCUUAAGAUGAUCCCCAGCGGCGGUGAGAUUCUUCCCAAGCUUCAGCAACUCAAGGAGGUCGCCGAGAAGCACAAGACCGAGGGCGAGAAGCUCUUGAACGAGACCAUGGAGGAGCUCAAGAAGGUCUUGGAGAAGCAGUCCAGCAAGGCUCAAGACAUCGUCGAGCAGGCCAAGAAGGAUGCCAAGUAG